AUGGACGAGGACCGCUCACCGUCGCCUGAGCUGAACCCCGUCAGCGUCAGCGAGGACCUGACACCCCUGCCCAACCUGAAGCGGGCGGGCAAGGCGGACAUCGACUUUGACGGCCUGCUCGACCAACCACUCAAGAUCCACGAAGAUGUCCGGUCAGGCUGCGGCGGACAAACAUGGCCGGCCGGCCUCGUACUAGGCAAGCACUUGCUCCGCUAUCACAAGCACGGGCUCCAAGGUGCAAAAAUACUGGAGCUCGGUGCCGGGGGAGGAUUGGUCGGGUUGGCGGUGGCACGGGGAUGCGUCGGGAGCACGCUGCUGCUGACGGACCAGGACGAAAUGUUACAGCUGAUGCGGCACAACAUUCGCCUCAACGAAGUGGGUUCCACCGUCGGUGCUCUUGUUCUCAACUGGUACGUCCCUAUCGGCAUGGGCCCCAGCACGAUCCUCUCGGGCGAGCCGCUGCCAGACGACGUCGUGCAACAGCGGCCAGACGUCGUCUUGGCAGGCGAGUGCGUUUAUUUCGAGCCCGCCUUUCCGUUGCUGAUGAAGACGCUCCACGAUCUCUUCGAACUCAACGAGGAUGCCGUUGUCUAUUUCUGCUUCAAGAAGCGUAGACGAGCCGACAUGCAGUUUGUCAAGAUGGCCAAGAAGGCUUUCGUGGUGGAAGAGCCGCUCGACGAGGACCGACCAAUCUUUUCCCGCCAAUCCUUGUUCCUCUUCUGUUUCAAGAGCAAGAGGGCAGGCGGCACCAGCAAACACAGUGCGAGGCCGACUGGCAUCAACGGAGAAGGAGAGGGCAAAAAUGGUAGCUGA